AUGUGCUUUUCGAUCCGCGGCGGAUGCAUCUGGCGUGGCGUGGGUAGCCACGCGUCCGCGCGUGCGUCGCACAAUGUUGGAGAAUGGAAACAGGAAAUUCGCCCCUCCCCUCCCUCUUACCACACCUACGCUUCCACGCCACGCACCCGUUCAUCAUUCUUCGGCCAGCUAUCCUCCUGCUCCUCGUCACACAUCUCAUCCAGAUCCGCGUGCUUGCUCAGCGCGCUCGCCUCCGCCGCCCCCCCUGGUUGCCUGGUCAUGCUUACCAAAGCACCCGCCCGCCUCGCCUCCCUUGUCUCCCUCGCUUCCCUCGCGUUUCCUCCUCUGCUAGUAGUACCCACCUCUCCUCACCUCCGCGCCAGAUCAGCUCCUCUCCGAGCCUUCUCCCUCGCCGCACUCGCGCCUCUUGCCCCGCACACGCCGCCGCACGUCACGCCGCCGUCUCCCGGCCCUUCGUGCCUGCCGCAUCGCGCGAUGGCCACGUCAUCCGCCGCCGAGAUCCCAGCGACGCAGCGCGCAGCUACAGUGCUCGCAUACGAGGGGCCGAAGCGCCUCGCAGACAACCUGCGGCUCGUAACAGACAAGCCCGUCCCUAGCCUCGGCCCGAACCAGGUUCUGGUUCGGAUGCAGCUUCGGCCCGUGAAUCCCGCGGACGGCCUCUGCGCCAUGGGCUACUAUCCGGGAUUCGCGCCGGCAAGCGCCCUCCCCGCAACUCUCGGGCUGGAAGGCAUGGGAGUCGUGGCGGCGCUGGGCGAAGCGACAGCGCAAUCGGCGCCGGAUCUGGCGGUGGGGCGGCGCGUCGUGCCGCUGCUCGCGCUUGGCGCGCUGGAGGCGGGCGGCGGCGCGUGGCAGGAGUACGUAGCGGUGGACGCGGCGCAUGUGGCGUUGGUGCCCGCGGGGGUGCGCGACGAGGACGCGGCGCAACUGGCGGUGAAUCCGCUGACGGUGCUGGGCAUGCUGAACCAACUGAACGUUCCCAAGGGCGAGUACCUGUUGCAGACGCAGGCGGGGUCGACGCUGGGCCGCAUGCUCAUCCAGGUGGCGCGCGCGCGCGGCAUCAGGACAAUCAACGUCGUGCGCCGCGCCGCCCAGGCCGCCGAGCUCAAGGCGCUGGGCGGCGAUGAGGUGAUCUGCUCAACGGACGAGAGUGUGCCAGAGAGGGUGCGCACCAUAACGGGCGGGCACAUGGCGCAUGCAGCGGUGGAGAGCGUGGCGGGCGACCUCACCGGUGCAGUGCUCUCCUCUGUGCGCCCGGGCGGCACCGUGCUGCUCUUUGGAGGCGCCUCUGGGGCCACCUUCUCCGCCUCCAUUGGCGACUUCAUCUUCAGGGAUGUGACGCUCAAGGGCUUUUGGUUGGGCCCCUUCCUGAAAGCGCUGAGCCAUGAGCAACGGCAGGCGGUGGUGAAGGAGGCGUUUGGUCUCAUCGCCAAUAACACCGUCACUCCAUUCACGGGCGAUAGAAUGGACCUCCCAGAGUUCGCCACUGCGCUCAAGAACCAGAUGGCGGAGAACCGCCAAGGGAAGAUUCUUCUCUCGGGAUAG